AUGCUCGCCCGUGUACUGCUCAGGACACGGCCAUCAGCCCUCGCAGCCCGCCCGCAACCACUGCGACCGUCUCUCGCCUCCUCGUUCCCCCGCUUCAUCAGCUCGACCGCACCACUCCGUGACAGCGCAACAGACGGCGAGGAGGCACUCAGGAAGAAGCUGGCAGAGUCUCUCGAGGGCGCAAAGGUCCAGGUGCAGGACGUCUCAGGCGGUUGCGGCACCUUCUACGCCAUCUCGGUCGAGCACGAAUCGUUCAAGGGUCUCUCGAUGAUCAAGCAGCAUCGCAUCGUCAACGAGCUCCUCAAGGACGACAUCAAGGGGAUGCACGGCCUGCAACUCAAGACCAAGGCGCCCUAG